UGUGAGGAGCACAGAGGCAGGCAGAGGGAUCCGGCGAUGAACAGCAGCUGAGCGCACAACUUCUCCUUAGUCCUGCCGCCGCUGCUGCCGCUGCUGCUGCUGGAGUUUGCGUUAGGAUUUUCUUCUGGUGACAAUAAACGAGCUGGACUUUACUUCUCCUGCCAACAUGUAUUCAGCAGCUUUGCUACUGAUGCUGGCCGUCAGGAUCUACGCAGACAGCAUGGAAGGACCAACAGCUGGCUGUACCUUUGAUGAGGACUCCGACCCUGGCUUGUGUGAGUACCGACAGGGCCAAGAGGACGACUUUGACUGGCAGCUGAUCAGGACCUACAACUGGCCUCAUCCUACCCCGGAUCUUCUUAGAGGGUCCUUCAUGAUGGUCAACUCAUCGCAGCAUUUUGGGGGCCAACGCGCUCAGCUGCUUCUGCUCCCGCUCAGCGAGAACGACACACACUGCAUCCAGUUCAGCUACUUCCUGUACAGCCGUGAUGGACACAGCCCCGGGGAUCUGCAGGUCUACAUACGGGUGAACGGGGGCUCCAAGGGAAGCGCGGUGUGGAAUAUCUCAGGCUCCCAGGGUCGCCAGUGGCACCAGGUGGAGCUCGCCGUCAGCACUUUCUGGCCCAGUGAAUACCAGGUCAUCUUUGAAGCCACCGUUUCUGAGGAGCGACAGGGCUACAUUGCUUUGGACGACAUUGUGCUGCUCAAUUACCCCUGUAACAAGGUGCCUCAUUUCUCUCGGCUGGGUGACGUUGAGGUGAAUGCCGGGCAGAAUGCUUCGUUCCAGUGUGUCGCCACAGGCAAAGUUUCCGAGUCUGAUCCCUACCUCCUGGAGCGGAGAAACGGCAUGGUGCUGGACAAUCCCCAGCUGUCUCGGUUGAGCCACAAACGGCUGAUGGCCACUUUCCAGGUGGAGGCGCAGCGUGGGGAGCAGGACCUCUACCGCUGCAUCACCCUGUCACCCAAGGGUGCAACUGUUUCCAACUUUGGAGAACUCAUUGUCAGAGUGCCUCCGACACCAAUCGCUCCCCCUCAGCUCCUGCGGGCAGGCCCCACCUAUCUGAUCAUUCAGCUCAACACAAACUCCAUUGUUGGUGAUGGGCCAGUCAUCAGGCGGGAGAUCCAGUACAGGGCCAGUCAGUCUACGUGGACAGAGACACACGGUGUGGGCUCCCUCACCUAUAAAGUUUGGCAUCUGGAGCCGGACACAGAGUACCGCAUCAGUGUCCUGCUCACACGGCCUGGAGAGGGGGGAACAGGAGCACCGGGACCGCCUUUGAUCAGCAGGACAAAGUGUGCUGAGCCCAUGCGUGCCUUGCGGGGUCUGACUGCUACAGAGAUCCAACCCCGGCAGCUGGCCCUCCAGUGGGAGCCCCUGGGCUACAACCUGACCCGCUGUCACACCUACUCCCUGUCCCUGUGCUACCGCUACUCCAUGCCUACAGGCGGCAGCGGAGGGAACAACGCCACCGUCAGAGAGUGCCUAUCUGUGGAUCGAAACACGUCUCACUUCACCCUGAGAGACCUCCCGCCUUUCCGCUCGGUCCAUGUCCGACUGGCGCUCUCCAACCCAGAAGGCAAGAAGGAGAGCAGGGAGGUCACCUUCCAGACCGAGGAGGACAUUCCUGGCGGCAUCGCUCCAGAGUCCCUGACCUUCACCCCGCUGGAUGAUAUGAUCUUUCUUAAGUGGGAGGAACCUGUGGAACCCAACGGUCUCAUCACGCAGUAUGAGAUCAGCUACCAGAGCAUCGAGUCGUCAGACCCUGGCAUUAACGUCCCAGGGCCUCGCCGCACUGUGUCCAAGCUGAGGAAUGAGACCUACCACAUGUUCUCCGGCCUGCAUCCUGGAACCACCUACCUUGUCUCAGUGCGAGCCAGGACCGCCAAGGGGUUUGGACAGACAGCGCUAACUGAGAUCACCACCAACAUCUCUGCCCCAGUGUUUGACUAUGAAGACAUCCCGUCUCCACUGAGCGAGUCGGAGAGCACCAUCACUGUGCUGCUGCGCCCUGCGCUGGCAAGAGGAGCUCCUGUCAGUGCCUACCAGGUGGUUGUUGUUGAAGAAGAUGGAUCCCGUCAGGUGAGGAGGAGAGAGCUGGGCUCUGUCGAUUGUUUCCCAACACCAAACUCCCACAAUGAAGCCCAGGCUAAAGGGGCCCCGCACUACUACACAGCCGAAUUGGCUCCAAGCAGUCUACCCGAGGCUACACCUUUCACCGUGGGUGACAACCACACCUACAACGGCUACUGGAACAGCCCUUUAGACCCAACGAAGAACUACCUCAUCUACUUUCAGGCCACCAGCAACUUCAGAGGGGAGACCAGAAUAAACUGCAUCAGGAUCGCUCGCAAAGCUGCCUGCAAGGACUCCAAGCGAGCUCUGGAGGUUUCUCAGCAUGCCGAGGACAUGGGUCUGAUCCUCGGGGCCUGUGCUGGUGGUCUGGUGGUGCUCAUUCUGCUGCUGGGAGCCAUCGUCAUCAUCGUGAAGAAGGGAAGGGACUUCUAUUCUUACCCUUACUACCCUAGGAAGAAGGUGGCCAUAAACAAGGCAGCUAUGUCCUACAGGCAGGAGAAGAGUCGGAAGCUGAGCUCCUUGGACUGCAGUAUGACGGAGCAGAGCACUCUCCAGCAAGAUGAGAGGAUGGCCCACUCCUUCAUGGAUGCCCACGGCUGCAACGCUCGAAAUGAUCAGCGCAGCUCCGUCAACGAGUCCAGCAGCUUACUGGGCGGCUCACCCCACCGUCACUGUCGGAGGAAGAGCUCGCCCUAUCACACAGGUCAGCUCCACCCAGCUGUGAGGGUGGCAGACCUCCUCCAGCAUAUUAAUCAGAUGAAGACAGCAGAGGGAUAUGGCUUCAAGCAAGAAUAUGAGAGUUUCUUCGAUGGCUGGGAUGUCACCAAAAAGAAGGACAAGACCAAAGGAAGGCACGACAGCUUACUCAGCCAUGAUCGCCAUCGAGUCAAGCUCCACUCUUUACUUGCUGACCCCAGCUCUGAUUAUGUCAAUGCCAACUACAUAGAUAUUCGGAUAAACAGGGAAGGCUACCAGCGAUCAAAUCACUUCAUCGCAACUCAAGGCCCAAAGCAGGAGAUGAUCUACGACUUCUGGCGGAUGGUUUGGCAAGAGAACUGCUUCAGUAUUGUCAUGAUCACCAAGCUGGUUGAAGUGGGCAGGAUGAAGUGCUGUAAGUAUUGGCCCGAUGACACUGAGCUCUACGGUGACAUUAAGAUAACACUGCUGAAGACAGAAACACUGGCAGAGUACACCGUACGCACCUUUGCCAUGGAAAGGAGGGGCUACCCAGCCAAACAUGAGGUGUGCCAGUUUCACUUCACCUCCUGGCCUGAGCAUGGGGUGCCGUACCACGCCACCGGCCUGCUGGCUUUCCUACGCCGGGUCAAAGCCUCAACACCUCCAGAUGCUGGUCCUGUGGUGGUCCACUGCAGCAUGGGGGCAGGCAGGACCGGCUGCUACAUUGUGCUGGAUGUCAUGCUGGAUAUGGCUGAGUGUGAAGGAGUGGUAGACAUCUACAACUGUGUCAAGACCCUCUGCUCUCGACGAAUCAACAUGAUCCAGACCGAAGAGCAGUAUGUCUUCAUCCAUGAUGCCAUCCUCGAGGCGUGUCUGUGUGGAGAGACGGCCAUCCCGGUCAAUGAGUUCGCUCUCACCUAUAAGGAGAUGCUGAAGGUUGACUCUCAGAGCAACACAUCACAGCUCAGAGAGGAGUUUCAGACUCUGAACUCGGUGACUCCUCACCUGGACGUGGAGGAAUGCAGCAUUUCUCUGAUGCCCAGAAACCGUGAGAAGAACCGAAGCAUGGACGUCCUGCCACCGGACCGCUCCCUGGCCUUCCUGGUCACCACUGAAGGAGAGAGCAGCAACUACAUCAACGCAGCGCUCGCUGACAGCUUCCUCCGGCCAGCCGCCUUCGUGGUAACGCCACAUCCUCUGCCGGGGACCACCACUGACUUCUGGAGGCUGGUGUACGACUACGGGUGCACCUCUGUGGUGAUGCUCAACCAGCUUAACCAGUCCAACUCUGCCUGGCCUUGUCUGCAGUAUUGGCCUGAACCGGGGUUGCAGCAGUUUGGGCCGAUGACCGUAGAGCUCUUAUCCAGGACGUCUGAUGAUGACGUAAUCAUCCGUCUCUUUGGGGUGCAGAAUAUCACUCGGCUGCAGGAAGGCCAGCUGGUGGUACGUCAUUUCCAGUUCCUGCGCUGGUCUCCAUACCGCGACGUGCCCGACUCCAAGAAAGCCUUCAUUAGCCUCCUGGCUCAGGUUCAUAACUGGCAGAGGGAGUGUGGAGAGGGACGCACCAUCGUACACUGCCUGAACGGCGGAGGUCGGAGCGGAACUUUCUGUGCCUGCACCAUGAUAAUGGAAAUGAUUCGGCACCACAGCAUGGUGGACGUUUUCUUUGCUGCCAAAACCCUGCGAAACUCAAAGCCAAACAUGGUGGAGACAAUGGAGCAGUACCGGUUCUGCUAUGACCUGGCCCAGGAGUACCUGGACUGCUUGGAGGUCAGAUAGCACCAAUCCCUUAUUGUUUGGCCCUCUACGAGGAGAAGGUCCAGACCCUGGAUUCUGCAUCCCGGAUCUCUGCUCCUGCCUCCGUAGUCCAUGUAUACAGCUCUGGUUGUGUUCUUCUCCAUGCCUGGAUGAAACGCUGUCUGCCAUAAAGACCGAAAGAGAAAGCUUGCUGGACAACUUGUAACAUACUACUGAAACCUUCUUUUUUUUCCCUUUCUUUCUUUGCUUUUCCUUGGCGCUCUGAUCCAACUCGUACUCCUUUGUGCCACUUUACAUCGCCAAACCAGAGGACACCUCACAGGAAUGGAGUUAAUUUUCUAUCCAAGCCACUGUCAAGGCAGCCGGACUUCCUGUCGUACACCUGAAUGACGGGAUUGAGUCUAGCUGUGUCCUGCCUUACUAUGAACAAACACUGAAAAGGAAUAGCAGUUGAUCACAACCGCUGGCUGAUAUUUGUGUGUUUGUAACACUGUAAAUGGUGCAAUCUGCUGUUGGUGAACAUCCCAUGUUGUACUGUACUAUAUUGAACUCCCUCAUGGGCUAGGCUGAUGAUUGAAGGUGCAUUGAGGGUGAAGGAAAGCAUCGGUCAUAUCUGAUGGACAUAUCUGUACAGUAAAAUUGUCUUGGACCUAAUUUCUCUUUAUUUAUUUCACCUGUAAAUAGAUAUUUUUUCCUCCUUGCCCCGGUUGUUUCUAGAUGUUCUCUACGUCUUAAUCAAUGUGCCAAUUCAUCCUCUCUGUGUCUGUAAAUGGGGACCACUUCAGCAUCUGCAUGCCCAGUCUUAAGUGUUUCAUCGCAGUGUGUGGCCCAAGUCUGCUUUAGGGUGGAUUCUGUGAUGCGAAUCCCCCCGCUAGUCCUGAGAGAUCUGUAAGAAUAACCAUGUGUUGCUGUGAGAAUACGGCGAGAUCCGUUGCUUUCUAAAUUUGUAUUUAUUCAAUGUGUUUUAUUUUCUAAAUAGUGUAUAAAACAGGAAAAUAAAUAAAAUAUGUUG